AGCCUUUCAUCUGAGAAGCUCGGUGGCUUCCAAUUGUUGUUAAAGGAUAAAAAUGUGAGCAGGCUCAAGGGGCCCUGUUUUCUCAGAUGAGACAGUGCCAGGUGAACACCUUCCCCCUUGUCAAGGCCCGGGCACCCAGCUGUACCUGUGUGGGGGCUGGGCCUGUCUGCUGGGGGGAGGCAAUUAGUGAAAUCACCUGGUGCUGGCAGUAACGAGGAACCCAGUCUGCCAGGGGAGAGAGGAGCAUUUGGGUUGUGGCUGAUGAAGGUUGAGCACUGUGUGAAAGCUGUGCUGCUGGUGGAGUUGUGCAGCCAUGGGAUGGGAAUGCUGGUUGCAGGAGGAAGGAGUGCGUGAAGGGGAGAAAAGAAGCGAAGCUUUCCUGUUGCUUUGAGGCUGCUGGCACAGAACAGACCUCCAUGAAAAAUUACAUCCUUCCUCUGGGGCCAGCAGGUACCACGCUCUCAGUACCACCUCUGCAAUUACGUGACGCCAGCCUUUCUUGAAAAAUAUUGAUUGAACAACUUCCUUCAAUACACUAAACUGAUUCAAGCCUCCAAAAAAUGAGACUCUGGGAGACAGACUUUAUUCUCAGCAAUAUAUAUCCAUCUACCCGGCAGUUUGCUACAUUCCUAUGCAGGGAGAAAGCACCCAAGAGGGCCCAAAACUGCACAACAAGGUAAAGGUUGUGGACAGUAUGGAAUUGCCUUCAACAACAGAUCUCAAAGUCAUAUUUUUUGGCCAGAACAAAGUGGGAAAGAUACUUCUGGUUGUGUGUUUUCAAUGGAAAAGGAAUCAUCUACAUGCUGCCGGUCAUAUUUGUGUUCUUAAAGAUGCUUUAAUGUAUGAAAGUCCAGCUGAAAUUGCAAAUCUAACCUCCACAGACAAAUUUGAUGCAGCCCUGGCCAUUCAUCUUUAUAAAGCAGGCAGACUUCUGCAAGAUAGCAGAAUUCCUUUUGGAAUCAUCUUUGGUGGGACAGAUGUAAAUGAAGAUAUCAAAUGUAAAGAGAAACGUCGGGUAAUGGGAGCAGUGCUAGAAGAAGCCAGGUUUGCAGUGGCUUUCACGAUGAAAAUGAAGGAGCUGGCAGCAGCAGAGUGGCCAGAUGCUAGGAAGAAAAUAUAUGUUCAAACACAAGGAAUUAAGACUACCCCCAGUGAGACAUUUGACUGGUAUAGAUUUCUACAAAAUGCAGACAUUCCUACAGAAACAGACAGUUUACACGUGUUUCUUUUGAUAUGCGGUCUUCGAAGAGUCAAAGAUCCUCUGUAUUUAGUAAAUGUAUUUUCAGACUGGCACAGAAAGGAUCCCAGUGUUCAUCUGGUCAUAAUUGGACCUGCAGUUGAUCCACUUUUUGCAAGUGAAAUUAAAGAAAAAAUUAAAAGGGCACCUGGAGUACAUUUAUUACAGGAGAUACCACAAGAUGAUCUUCACGCUGUUAUGAAAAGGUGCUUUGCUGUGGUGAAUAGCUCCAUUUCAGAGGGGAUGUCUGCUGCAAUUCUGGAGGCAAUGGAUUUAGAUAUUCCAGUGCUGGCAAGAAACAUUCCUGGAAAUGCAGCAAUAAUAAAACAUAAGGAAACAGGACUGCUAUUUUCAGAUCCCCAGGAGUUUGUUGUGCUGUCCAAGAGUUUGAUGAAUGACCCCAUUAUGGAAAGAGAAAUUGUAACAAGGGCCAAAGACUACGUGAAGAAACAUCACUCAUGGGAAAGUGAAAGAAAAGCCUAUCAGGAUCUUGUCCUAAGACUCCAGUGAAGUGCAACACUGUGGUUGAUACCCAGCAGUCUGUGUAGAGCACUUUAAUGAUGGAUAUGUAAUUAGAUUUGUGUUUCUCUUGGUUUCUUUUUAGAAGAGAUAGUAAGACAUACAUUAUUAUUCUAUUCAAACAUACCAACAUCACAGGAGUUGCCUGCCACUUCAACCUGUCAGCUUUAUCUAAUUCAGCACACUGUCUCUAGUGCACCAGUUCAUCUCAGACCGGUAUCAUUUUGUACGAUCACAUAAGAGAAAUAUACUCCUUGAGCAGACACAAAAUUUUUGUUGUUGUAAGGCCUCAAAGGGAGGAUGAUUUCUUGUACUCAGUGGAGCACUUCACCACAUAGAGCUUGCAUCAAAUGUUCUGAUCAUGUUGCAUCUUAACCAAACUGCAGUAGCACUUUUCUUUCCAAUUAUAGCAAUCUGAAUGUA